UCGGGGUCCAGUUAAAUGGGAGCCGGCUAUAAAAUAACUGACCAGCACUGCCACCGACAUCAGUAGUAUAACUCCGCUCGAACAUGAAGGUCCUGGCUCUAUUUCUUCUCGUGGUAGCGGUUGUUUUGGCAGACGACAAGUAUACGACAAAGUACGACAAUGUUGACUUGGACACGAUUUUGGCGAGCGACCGUUUGCUCAAAAACUAUGUAAAUUGCCUACUGGAGAAGGGAAGUUGCACGCCCGAUGGCAAAGAGCUUAAAGAAACCCUUCCGGACGCACUGGCGACUGAGUGUAGUAAAUGCAGCGAGAAGCAAAAGAAGGGUACCGAGAAGGUCGUCCGGUAUCUAGUCAACAAGAAACCGGAAACUUGGGAGCUACUUAAGAAGAAGUACGAUCCCAGUGGCCAAUAUAGUAUCAAAUAUACAGACGAAGCACACAAGCAGGGAAUAAAUGUGUGAAUAAUUUAGAUUCUCAUCUCGCCGAGUAGAACGUCAAGAAAUCUGUCCUCUCUUCUUCUCACAGCACAUUCGAAUUAAAUAAAUCCGUUAGUUUAGCGUCACGUAGAGGAACUCUUGUCCAACAGAAAUUCGGGAGCUAUAAAGAAACGUAUAUUACUAGAUGUUACCGUAAAUAAUAAAUAAUAGGUGUAAAAGAAUGUUAUUGUGAUUGAAUUAUAAUAAUUUAAUUAUUGUCAUCGAUUA